AUGAGGUUAGAGAACGACUAUCGAAGUUAUUCUUCUGAAAAAACAGCACAGUCGGAGUUCAAUUCUGAAGAAAAUGAAUCUAGUGAAAAAUUAAAAUAUUUUGUUAGCGAGGUGAACGAUAACUACAGAAACUUUCAAUUACUCCUACACUUUCUUAAGCAGCCAAAGUAUUUUGAAACUCAAAGUCUUUUUCAUAUAUCGGACUCUUGCAAAAGAUUUUUAGUUGAAAGUUAUUACGAAAUAAAUGAUAAUAUUGCUCGUGAAAUUAUUGGUAAAAAAUUAUCUGCUAGAACUCUUAGGGAGAGUGAACUUAGUGAUAGAACGGGAUUGUCAACAUACCUUUGCAAGUUACAGUUUGAAAAUAUAAAAAGAAUUUAUCGCUUUGUUGAAGAUAAGGAAGGCAGUCUUUUUCGAAUUAUUAAAGAAAAUUUUUAUUUAUCGGAUAAACUCUCUCUCUGUUACAGUCGUAUUAUAUUUUUGUGCCGCUAUAGGAUCUACUGCGGGAAGAAAAGGUUAAGAAAAUAUAAAUUAGAAGACUUUAUGGCUUGUGCUGGUUUAAUGAUGCAGUAUUGGUCUCCUCCACGGCAGCUGGCUAUUAAAAUACUGGACGACAACUUUUUUUUAAAUUGUUCGCAAGUACAAAUCCGUAUUAAUCCGUUUUUUGCUAGUCAUGGACCUUUGUGUACAACAAUUUCUUUAUAG